GCGCUUGUGAAAAUGAGGAGGCGGAGCUAGAGUGUCGGCAGAGGCGCAUGCGCAGAGGGAAGGUGACUUUGGGAGGAUGCUGGCCAAGUACCUGGGCCCCCGCUACGCUCAGCUCCUGCGCAACUGGGUCCCCACGGCAGCCACAUGGGGCUCCGUUGGCGCCAUAGGGCUGGUUUGGGCCACGGACUGGAGGCUGAUCCUUGACUACGUCCCUUGGAUCAAUGGCAAGUUCAAGAAGGACGACUGAGCCCAGGCUGCGGGCUCCUUUGGUUCAGAGCAACUCUUUCCCUUCAUGUUCCUAAGUCUGUGAAGCCAUCUGGAACCAACCUCCGCAAGAAGAAGGACAUGACCCUUUCGUUUUCUCCACCUCCACCGGGAAAUGCUACACAAUGUCCUCUGAAACCAAUAAAAACUCUUUUUAGUGACCAGCUCUAUGCGGUCCUCCAGUCCA